AUGUUGAGGGUCAUUGUCCUUGGCAAUUUUCAACAUCUUUUGCCUUCAAUUUCCCAAGGUCGCCACUAUUUGUCAUAAAGAAAAGAACAGUGUAUUUAAUAUUUUAUCAAAUAUCUUUCUCCAGAGCAUUCAGAUUUUCCACCCUUUUUUAUCUAAAUUUGUCUCCUCUCCCCACCGUUCCAAAUUUUCUAGACGCAAGCCCCACUGCUCUUGACAGGGACUCCUUCCCUUCCUUCCUUCCUUCCGCGGCUUUAUCUUGCAGAUCAAUACCCUCACAGCAGUUCCACACGCGGAGAAGUUGAAUUGGUUCUACCCACCUUCCCCAAUCGGCACAUAUCCGUCUGGGUCCUUGACUUUUGGAGCAAAACCUCUGUUUUCCGUCGAGGGUUUUGGCCCUCUUUCCCCAAUUCAGCUUUCUCUGCUCUGCUUUUGCAUUUCUGCAGAGACCCUUUUCGUGGGCGUCCCCGGGAGCAUAGGGGGUUCUCUUAUUUGUUUGCCCUCUGCUGAAAUUUUGAUUCUAGAGAUGGGUUUGUGUUGGGAAGCUUGCCAUGGCAGCAGAACGGUGGCGCAUGUGUCUCCAUAGUUCUUUGUUUUGUAUUUGCUUCAAGGAGUUAGUUUUUUUUUUCUCACACUGCUUGAGUCAAAUGCGUGAUAUGUACAAGGAUAGUGGGUAGUUAGAUGCAAGUCCGGUUAUUGGUGUAGAUUUUUUUAUUAAUAUAAAGAACAGAGAGAAAUGGGAUCUGUAAAUGAGUUUCAGUCCGUGGAAGGGUUCAAUUUGGACGCCAAGUGGCUGAUCGAUCCCAAGCAGCUUUUUGUUGGGCCGAGGAUUGGGGAGGGCGCGCAUGCCAAAGUGUACGAGGGAAAAUAUAAAAAUCAGAAUGUUGCCAUAAAAAUCGUUCCCAAAGGGGAGACCCCAGAGGAGAUUGCUAAGAAGGAAGCCCGGUUUGCAAGAGAGGUUGCUAUGUUAUCUAGAGUUCAACACAGAAACUUAGUGAAGUUCAUUGGCGCUUGCAAGGAACCUAUGAUGGUGAUUGUAACUGAGCUUCUGUUGGGGGGGACGCUACGUAAAUACUUGCUGAAUAUGCGACCAAGAUGCUUAGACACACGUGUUGCAGUGGGGUUUGCAAUUGACAUUGCCCAAGCAAUGGAAUGCUUGCACUCUCAUGGGAUCAUACAUCGUGACCUGAAGCCUGAAAACUUGAUCUUGACUGCAGAUCACAAGACAGUCAAACUUGCAGAUUUCGGUUUAGCCAGAGAAGAGUCAUUAACAGAGAUGAUGACUGCUGAAACAGGGACCUAUCGUUGGAUGGCUCCAGAGCUUUACAGUACAGUCACAUUGAGGCAUGGAGAGAAGAAGCAUUACAAUCACAAGGUGGACGCCUACAGCUUUGCAAUUGUAUUGUGGGAGCUCAUUCAUAAUAAGUUGCCAUUUGAAGGCAUGUCAAAUCUGCAGGCCGCGUAUGCAGCUGCUUUUAAGAAUGUGAGGCCCAGUGCAGAGGAUCUCCCAGGCGAUCUGGCGCUAAUUGUGACUUCGUGUUGGAGAGAAGAUCCAAAUGCUCGGCCCAACUUCACCGAGAUAAUACAGAUGCUCCUGCGCUAUCUCACGAUCAUUUCACCCCCAGAGCCCGUUGUUCCACCACGGGUUUACAGUUCUGAGAAUGCUGUCUUCCCACCAGAGUCUCCUGGUACAAGUUCUUUAAUGGCAGUUAGAGAUGACUCAGCGGAAACUCCGAAUAACAAUAUCAUCAUGGAAAACAAACCUCGAGGUUUCUUCUUCUGUUUUAACCAGUGUUACUAAUUGUCUCUAGGGCACAAUCCCUUCUCUGGUGGUGUCUUCAGCUAUCCAUCAGGGAAGCUAUGUAAUUCUCAAAUGUAACAAAAAUACACGUUGAUCAAAAGAAAUGUUAAUUUGUUAAGGCUGUCAGUUUUGUUACCGCUGGUAGCUGCCCUGUAUCUUGUAUGGCAGAGCUCCUUAGUCUGUUCUAACUCUGGCCUAGCCCACAAAAGCAGAAGACAGAGGAAGAAGGGGUGUCUGAGAACCUCCCUUCAAAUGUAGAAAUUGAGGCCAACAUUUGAUGCAUGAAUGUUCGCUGAAAACAGAAUCAUAAAUGGUCUAACCUCGAACCAUUCAUGCUUUUCUUUUUCA